GUGACUAGCACGGAGAAGCCAAACCGGUAUUGGGAAGACGACGUGCCGCGCUGCCUCAACACGCGCUGCCUCAACAUAGAACUAUCCACAACAGACUCCCAGUAACAUCUGAGUGCGCGUUCUCGACCGCUCUCCAUCCGCGUACUACCAGCAACUGGAAAAUGGACAAGGUGCCGACAUGGCUGAAUGAAGGGUUCUUGCAGACCGUGCUACAAGGAGGUGAAACCAACGAACCAAGAGUCACUGUCGUGAGUUAUACAGCUAGACCUGCUAUUGCUGCUGGGGAAAACUUCUCCAGUUACCUUUUUAGGGUCAAGGUCACAUACAGAGUGGGGGAGUCUCCCAAUGAACACUCUCAGUCCCUCAUCGUGAAGUUGCCCGUGCAAGGUGGCUUCAUAUAUGACUUGGCCAAGCAUACUGAAUUCUAUGACAAAGAGCCUGUGUUUUAUGAGAGGAUUCUUCCAAAAAUGAAUGAAAAACUGAACUGUGAAUUCUCCCCAUCUGCGUUUUACAGUCCACGAGACAAAGUCGUCGUGCAGAGUGAUCUCGCUCCUGAUUAUCACGUAGGGGACAAAGAAAACCAGUUAGACUUUGCACACGCUAAACUGUUCUACACAACUCUUGCCAAGUUCCAUGCCAGUUCCCUUGCCGUCCAUAGAGAUGACCCCACAUUGUUCGAGUCAGUGAAAAGGAGAGACUUUAUACUCUGCAGGUAGUGCUUUGCAAGGAUGGAUAGAGUUGGGAACGAAAACUAUUGGAGAAAUUCUCAGUGAGAUGGAAGAUGGAAAACAGUACGCCGACUUCUUCCUCAGUAGAGUUGCUACCAUUUGGGACUCUGCGGUUGAAGGAGUAAAACCUAAGUAUAGGGUCAACUGUCAACUCCACGGGGACUCCUGGACGAACAAUCUGAUGUUUAAGUACAAUUCAAACAAUGAGCCUAUUGACUUAAAAAUAAUAGAUUUUCAAAUAUCUAGGUACACGACACCAGCCCUUGACAUCAUGUACUUUAUGUAUACCAGCUGUAAAUAUGAUGUCAGACAACGACAGAAGGAACUCUAUGCCGUAUACUUGGAGACUUUCAAUAACUCCUUGGAGCGUCUCGGAUGCCCUGAAAGAAUGACUCUCGAGCAACUAAAGGAGGACUUUAAGAUAGCAUCCCCAUUUUUCAUCACUACAAUUGUCUUCGGCUUAACACCAAUCAUGGCAGUAGGUACUGCAGAAGGGGACAGCUACGAGGGUUUUUCUGGAGAAGACAUCAGAACUGGACGAGCCAACCCAUCUAUCUUGAAGAUGUUACAUGGCAAAAAACUCAGGCCUUUGCUUCCUCAAGUUUUAAAGCAGUAUUUUGAAUUCAUUUCGUCUUAAGCAAGAUUCGCUCCCAAAUAUCUCAUUAAUUUAAAUCAACUCACACUGAUUAUGAUGCCUAAAAUAAUAAGAUUCAGUAGAUAUAGUUUUACAAUUAUCUAAAAAUGCAGAUAUUUAAUUUGUUUAUAGUAUGAACAGCUGCCUCUUGGGCAACUAUAGCUACAAGCAUCCUUUACAGCAGUUUGAAGUCAACCAAAAUCUUUGAUAAGGUAAUUUCUUUUUAUAUUCAUCAGCCAAUAGCAGCUUUUUCUACGGGUUAAUAAUAUAAUAGGCAUUUAUUUCUCUUCGAAACAACAAAUUGCCCUAUAUGAUAAGUUCUCAUCCAAUCAACUUGUUGCUAGAUCUUAACCAAGUUAUCACCACAAUGCUCUUUACUGGAAUUUAACUGUACCUUAUAUGCGUAAGCCAUUUACUUAAUAUUCCCAUUAUUAGUUGUAAACUUUCUUAAUUAUUCGUUCGUUAUGAUCACUAAAGAGCUCUUUUAACAUAAAUAUGUAUACAAGAUGUUGUAUCGAAUAUAUUAAAUAUCGCUUUCCUAA